AUGACAAGCUUGAAGCGAUCGCACGAGGCCGAUCCUCUCGCGUCCAACAUCUCCAGCAAGGUGUAUGUUCGAUCGACCCGCAGCGGCAAGGUCCAGAAGAUUGUGCGAGAAGUCUACCUCCGAACGGACAUUCCAUGUUCCUCAAGAAUCUGCAAGGCAUGCCUCGAAGGCGCCCCCAGAAAUGCCGCCGGCGAGGUGCUACCCUUCGUCCUCUCGGACAAGCCCGCGGGCACCAAGGCGUUUCCUCAAGGGCACUAUCUGAUCCCGGACACUAACGCUUUACUCAACGCCAUGGACCUUUUUGAACAGAGCUCUUCAUUCUAUGAUGUCGUUAUCCUGCAAACUGUUUUGGAAGAGCUUCGAAACCGCUCGCUGCCGCUGUAUAACCGACUCGUCGGGCUUACCAAGAGCGAGGACAAGCGCUUCUACGUAUUCUUCAACGACUUUCGCCUGGAGACCUACAUCAACCGGGAGCCUAAUGAGACAGUCAACGACCGAAAUGACCGCGCAGUCAGGCUUGCCGUCAAGUGGUACGGCGAGCAUCUUGCCCGCACAAAGGCCAAGAAGAUCCCCGCCAUCGUGAUGCUCAGCGACGACCAAGCCAACCUGAAAAAGGCUCGAGAGCAGGGUCUGCACGCCUCUACGCUCGCGGACUAUGUAAAGAGCCUCGAGGAUGGCGACAAGCUGCUCGACAUGGUCGCCGAGUCGCAAAGCCAAGGCGGCUUCAAGAAGCCUGGGCAGAUGCUCUACCCCGAGUACUACACCAUGUCAAGGAUGAUGACAGGGGUCAAGGCAGGACUGAUGCACCAGGGAAUAUUCAACGUGUCCCCGUACAACUACCUGGAAGGUUCGAUAAAGGUACCGGCGUUCCCGAAGCCCCUCCUCGUCCUGGGCCGUGAGAGCAUCAACCGAGCCAUCGACGGCGACGUCGUCGUCGUGGAGCUCCUGCCUCAAGACAAGUGGAAGGCCCCGUCGACGAAAAUCAUUGAGGAAGACACCAUCACCAAGAACGAAAAUGCCGACGCCGAGGAGCGGGAGGAUUUCGUGUCCGACAAGGAGCGCAAGGCGCUCCAGGAAGCAGUGAAGCGAACCCACAAGGCAUCUUCGGAGAGCCUGCCCCAGCCCACGGCCAAGGUUGUGGGAGUCAUCAAGCGCAACUGGCGGCAAUACGUGGGCCACAUCGACCCGUCUUCCGCCAGCCGGGCGUCAACACAGGGUCGCAAACAGGACAGCGUCUUCCUCAUUCCCAUGGAUAAGAAGAUUCCCAAGAUUCGGCUCCGCACGCGGCAAGUGUCGGAACUUCUGGGAAAGCGCCUGCUCGUCACGAUAGACGCAUGGGACAGGGACUCGAGGCAUCCGGUAGGCCACUUUGUGCGGUCUCUGGGAGAUCUCGAGACCAAGGCUGCCGAGACGGAGGCCUUGCUUUUAGAGUGGGAUGUGCAGUAUCGGCCGUUCCCCAAGACGGUGCUCGACUGCCUGCCCAAGGAGGGCCACGACUGGAAAGUUCCGGCCAGUACGGACGAUCCGGGGUGGCGAGAUAGGGAAGACUUGCGUGGGCUUCUCAUUUGUAGCAUCGACCCGGUUGGAUGUCAGGACAUUGACGAUGCCCUCCACGCAAGACAAUUACCCAACGGCAACUAUGAAGUCGGUGUUCACAUCGCCGACGUCUCUCACUUUGUCAAGCCCGCCAACGCCAUGGACACGGAAGCCAGCAUCCGCGGCACCACCGUCUACCUCGUCGACAAGCGCAUCGACAUGCUCCCUCCCCUGCUCGGCACAGACCUGUGCUCGCUCAAGCCGUACGUCGAACGCUACGCCUUUUCCACCAUCUGGGAGGUCAACGAGAACGCCGACAUCGUCAACGUGCGCUUCACGAAAUCGGUCAUCAAGUCCCGCGAGGCGUUCAGCUACGAACAGGCCCAGCUGCGCAUCGACGACGAGUCGCAGCAGGACGAUCUCACCCGGGGCAUGCGCAUGCUGCUCAAGCUGUCCAAGAAGCUCAAGCAGAAGCGCAUGGACGCCGGCGCGCUCAGCCUGUCGUCCCCCGAGGUCAAGGUGCAAAUGGAGUCUGAGUCUUCCGACCCCAUCGACGUCAAGACGAAGCAGCUGCUCGACACCAACUCGCUCGUCGAGGAGUUCAUGCUCUUCGCCAACGUCAGCGUCGCUGCCAAGAUCUACGAGGCGUUCCCGCAGACGGCCAUCCUGCGCCGCCACGCGGCGCCGCCCAAGACCAACUUUGACGAGCUCGCCAACGAGCUGCGCGUCAAGAAGGGCCUCGAGCUGCGCACCGAGUCAAGCAAGGCGCUCGCCGACUCGCUCGACGAGUGCGUCGAGCCGGGCGAGCCCUUCUUCAACACGCUCGUGCGCAUCAUGGCCACGCGCUGCAUGAUGAGCGCCGAGUACUUUUGCUCCGGCACGCAGGCCUACCCCGAGUUCCGCCACUACGGCCUCGCGUCCGAGAUCUACACGCACUUCACCUCGCCCAUCCGCCGGUACGCCGACCUGCUCGCGCACAGGCAGCUGGCCGCCGCCAUCGGAUACGAGGCGGUGCACCCGUCGGUGCGCAGCCGCGGGCGCCUCGAGGCCGUGUGCAAGAACAUCAACGUGCGGCACCGCAACGCGCAGAUGGCCGGCCGCGCCAGCAUCGCCUACUACGUCGGCCAGGCGCUCAAGGGCAAGGUCGCCGAGGAGGACGCCUUUGUCAUGCGCAUCUUCAGCAACGGCUUCGUCGUCCUGGUCCCGCGCUUCGGCAUCGAGGGCCUGAUCCGCCUGCGCGACCUCGCCGAGCCCGAGCCCGACAGCGAGUUCGACGCAGAGACGUACACGCUGACGACGAGCGGCAGCAGGGCCGUCAAGGUGGAGCUCUUCCAGAAGGUCAAGGUUAGGGUCCGCGACGAGAAGGACGAGGCCACGGGCAAGAGGGGCGUCAAGAUGGAGUUGAUGGAUGCGUAG